ACACGCUUGCCCUGCCCAGCCCUCCUCCCCUGCCUGCCUCCCGCAGCCGCCCUUUCUUUCUCGUGAGCAGCGCAGAGCAGAGCAGAGCAGAGCAGAGCAGGUGGCGAGGCAGCCACAGCCACAGCCAGCCAGCCAGCACGCGCGGCCGCUUCCACGCCCACAGAGACGCGGCACGCCUCCACCACCUCCUCCGAGUCUCCGACACCGAGGCGAGAGAGCACGCUCCGCCUCGCAGUCGCAGCCGCGCCUUCUUUCGCGCGCGUGCUCUACUACUUCCUCUUCUCCGUCCAGCUUGUCGCCCGCUUCUUCUUCCUCGCUCGGAAGGGCUCGCCUCGAUCUGGUAGCUCUGGUGGGGAAUCAAUCAGAAGAACUGAAGACUUUACACUAGCACAGUCUGCUCAUCAAGAGCCUUGGCAGAAUGAGGUGGCUUGGUCUUUCCGUUGAUGUGUUCCGCAGGGGGAUCUCCUUGAACCUUUACUGCCGUGUGAUUCUGUAAAUCGUCUCCCCGGCUACCGGAGACCUUCCUUCCUUCGCACGCCUCCUGAUUUAUAGGCUUGUGAAGGCACCCCCCACCCGGUUGUUGGCGUUGCUGUUAGGCCGUUGUGGUUGUUUGGCCAAAGCUUUUGAGGAGAACGGAGUGGAGUACUAAUGGUGUGGAAAGCAGCUGCUCAGCCGAGAUUCCGCGUGUUUAAGCAUGAGAACGGAAUCACAGUGAGAGUAAUUGCUUGCUUCCAGCUGCUGCAAAAUUGCCAGGCCGAGUACUUCCGUCAUCUCCUCAAGCCUGUGACGUAGCUUCUCUCUCUGCUCUCCAUCUGCUGCUGAAUAAGCUUGCUGCUUUAGGUUCUUCUCCAUUACAAUUGAAGUGGGAGAACUUCCCAUUCAUCUGAAAUUUCUGCUGGUAGUUCUGUCCGGUAGUUGUUUCAUUUGUUCAUGGGGGACAAGGUUAAUCCCUGGUGCCAUUGGCAUAAUCCUCCAUGGAAAUUCAACACUGAAGGUUCUGGCGGCAAUCUCCGCCCACCUGAUGUUGGGCUUGUUAACACCAAUUCGGUGGCAUUGCCUGCAUAUCUGAACACAGUUGCUGCACCUGUGCCAUUUUUCACAGCAUCAAUUGCUGAGAGACCUCUUUCAAUAGCUCCAAGAUAUGCCACAACAUUGGCACCAAGUUUGGAGUUGCCUGCACUGUAUCCCUCACGUAAGAGACCUCUAGUUUUCUACCAGAAGGAAAACCAUGCUCCUAGUGCAGCUCCUUUGCUGAGCAAAGGGCCACUGGAUCCUGUGCCAGAGCUCCAAGGUAGCAACGAGACUAAUGUAACUGAUGUUGGAGCAGAAGAAACUGAGGGUAUUCAUGAGAACUCAGAUGAGAUCAAUGCACUCCUGGACUCUGACUCAGAUGAAGGGUAUGAAAAACUGCAAGAACUCGACAGAGUCAGAAGGCAAUCUGCUGCAGAGAAUGACACCCUGAGCGUUGAGUCAGUGGGCAGUGCUGGUGCUGCCGCAGGUUCUGCACCACCAGCCAAGAAGAGAAGACUCAGCUCCUGUACUGACAAGUCUGUUGUUGACACUGCCAGUUCAGCAAGGCCUGAUCAUUCCAUCGAGCAGAAGCUUCUUGUGAACGACUGUGAUGCGCAGUCAUGCUGCGUCGGUGAAGUGGAAAGUGACCACAAGUUUUCUCUGGGGGAGGUAGAAGCAGCAGAAGGUGACAGCCCCGAUGAUCAGAAGCGAAGAAGAGAGAGGAUCCAAGAGACUGUUGCUGCGCUCAGGAAUAUUGUCCCUGGGGGCAUUGCCAAAGACGCCACUGCUGUUCUUGAUGAAGCAAUCUGUUACUUGCAGUAUCUGAAGCUGAAGGUCAAGACGCUGGGAGCCGUCUCCCUCUAGCUCCUGGACAAUUGUGAUUUAGUUCUCAAAGCCGCUUGCUUCUGCUGUUCUACAUAUACGAAGUAUCACAUUGGUAAUAAGGUGAAGAUGCCAAAGAUAGCUCAGGUUGGUGCUUCAGGACGCGCCAGAGGUGAAUAACGGAAGAAGAAAAGGUUCAAUGCUGCUUUCUUGGCUUCCCUUGUACCCACAUGGCUCUAAUGAUAUUUGUGGGCAAAUGACUGGCACGCAGCAUUGCAGUAGUACUUCAUCUGAAGCAAAGGCGUGCGAGUUUUCCUUCCAUUGUGGUUGUGGCGGAGCACCACGGAGCGACGCUGCGCUCCUGGCCACCUAUGCUGCUCUCCAGUAAGCUAGCCUACCACCAUCUUUGUGUCUGAGAGCUCCAGAUCUUCUCAUACCAGCAGCUAACAAGUAUGUCACUGUCGGUGCCCCAGUAGUACCUGCCUGUAUCACUCACUCACUCACCUUCCUCAAAAGGCCCUCGUGGGUCGGAGCAACAUCUGUAUGUUAUGCAAAGCUAGAAACAUCUUUUUGCUGAGCGUGAUCCAAAGCAGAGUGGGGGAAAGGAAAGGAAAGGAGGCCCAUUGCAUGCAAAGCGCCCUGCCGUGGUGUUUCGCCGUCCAUGGCUUUUGACCCAGCUACCAAAGGCGAUGACACAUGAGAUGGCUGGAGGUUGGGUUCGUGUGGUAUAGAGUUCCUUCCUGCGGGUCCAGCCGGUCCAACAAAGUGUUGUGUGCCUGAUGUGGAGCUCAACUUCAGCACACACACACACACCGGUUGCGCUGCGCCUUUCAUCAUCUGCUGCCGCUGCCGCUGCUUUACUUUCUGUCAUCAAACCCGCUGAUGCAUAUGCCACCACUACCAUUAUAGAGUACGUAUGUAUGUAUGUAUUGCUUGUGGAAUGGCUUUGCCACGCCUUUAUACGCGCUGUAAUGAUACCAUAUACUCGUUGCUUUGGCUCUGA